UAGGGCCAAGAACUUAUCAUAUCUAUAGCACAGUGUUCUUUCUGGUUGCCUGGCAGCACUUUACUCACACCCCACCCUCUUAUACAAAGCACGUGCUGGGCAACCCCGUUUUAUCGAUACGUUUAUUUCGUUAUUUGGAGAGUAUUGCAGGCAGUUGCAGUGGACUCAGCAGAACAGGCCCAGUGAAAGAGACGUCUUAGUUGAAGCAGCAGCAGAAGAAACAGCAAAAUGCCGCCAAAGGGGAAAAAGGGCAAGAAGGGCAAGAAGAUGCCGGUGCUCAUCGAUGGCGUGGACACGUCGGCGAUGACACGCGACCAGCUAGAGGCGUUUUCCCUGCGCCUAAAGGCUGAGAUGGAUCGCGAGCGGGAGGAGCGAAACUACUUCCAGCUGGAGAGGGACAAGAUUCGCACCUUCUGGGAGAUCACACGCCAGCAGUUGGAUGAGACGCGCUAUGAGCUGCAGCAGAAGGAUAAGGAGAUCGAGGCCACGCAGGAUCUGGCGGACAUCGACACCAAGCAUGUGAUGCAGCAGAUGAAGCAUCUGCAGUUCGAGAACCACAACAAGCUGGGCGAGGUGCGGGCGGAGGCGAUGACCCAGCUGAAACUGGCCCAGGAGCACCAUAUCCUGCAGGAGACCGAGCUGCAGAAGGACAAGCGCCAGCUGCGGCGCAUUCUGCGCGAGCGCAUGGAGGUUGGCGAGAUGCAGCUGCGCCAGAUGGAGGCCCACUUCAACGAGAAAAUACUGGAGCAGCGGCUAGCUUUCGAUCGGGAGCGCAAGGACAACGAGAUGCUGCACGAAGAGAAGAUGAUGGAGCAGAAGUCCAAGCUGGACCUGUUCUACGGCACCCAGAUGUUCGAGGUGGAGGAGCGCAAGAACCAGCAGAUCAAGGACCUGCAGGACCACCACGACGGGGCCUUCAACGACAUGAAGAACUACUACAAUGACAUCACCCUCAACAACCUGGCCCUCAUCGGCAGCAUGAAGGAGCAGCUGGAGCAGCUGCGCAAGCAGACCGAGCGCAGCGACCGCAUCGCCGCGGACACGGCCCUGGAGAACAAGCGCCUCCGAGAGCCCCUCGAGCAGGCCAACAUCCAGCUGAACGAGUUCCGCCGCAAGCUGGAGUUCUACGAACGGGACAAGCAGCAGUUGAGCCGCCUCAAGAGCCGCAACACGAAGCUGGAGAAGAAGGUGAAGGGCCUGACCUGGGAAGCGGAGACCCUGAUCCUUCGCAACGAUUCGCUCGUGGCCGAGCGGGAGUCACUCAAGGAGCGCUUCAACGACGUCAUUGUGGAGUUACAGCAGAAGACGGGCCUGAAGAAUGUGCUGCUGGAGCGCAAGAUUGCUGCCCUGAUGCGCGAGGACGAGAAGCGCAGCAUCGUGCUGCACGAGACCAUAGCCACCUGCGCGCCCAAUUUCGCCGACAAACUAACCAGCCUAGACGAACGGGUGGGCAACAUCAUCGACGAGAAGAACAAGAUCAUCAUCGACCUGCGCUACGAGGUGGCCAAGGCCCGCAAGGCCCACGACGAUCUCCUGGAGACCUAUGAGUGCAAGCUUAAGCAGUUCGGAGUGCCCACCGACAACCUCGGCUUCACGCCCAUCCGGGACCGAGAUGAGCAACAGCUCUACGUAUGUGGCCCUGCCGGCAUUAUUACGGAGAACAAGUAGAACUAGAAGGCCAAUCGAGAAUUGAGAAAAGCAGUCCACCGAAACAGAAUCAGAAACAGAAGUAGAAGACACCCCACCCCGACCAAAUUACAAUGCCAGUUUGUUUCAUUCAGAAUUUAUUCAAAUUUAGUCUAGAUUAGUGUAUAAGAAGUAUGUAUAUGUAUAUGCUUAUAAAAAAAACGUUCUGGAA